UUUGUUUACUUUAAAGAAAAGUUUUUUAUGAAAAAAGCCAUGUGACUUAAUUUUGUUAACAAAACGUUACUUAAAUGAAGAAAAGAAAGAAAUUAUAAGAAAAAUAAUAAAAUAAAAAGUGUUUUAAAGAAUAACUAAAAUAAAAACUAAUACAAGAAAACCACAAAAAAUAUAGAAAAAUCCAAAGUGUUUUUAAGCCAAUUAACAGAAAUACAAAAAAUUUACAAACUAUUUUUAACUAAAACAGAAGAAAAUAAAUAAAAACCAAGUAAAGUUAUAGAAAAAAACAAACCCCCGAUGGCAACAUUAGCAAUAGAACAAAUAAACGCCCACACCGCCAGUGCCACGACGACCACAGAGCCCAUUAAGAUACCCCUCAACAACGAAGAACGUUUCUCUACACAAUUGUCCACGGGAUCGGCCGACAGUGCCUGUGUGGUUAAUAAUGGCCAUUCCUCCACAAAUUCCACAGUCUUUUUGACCAGCAGCUGCAGUCAACAGAAUAAAAAAGAUUCUACCCAAUCUUUAAAUAUACGCAGUGCCUCCUUGAGUUUACAUGCUGGUGUGGGUCAUGCUAAAUCGCAAUUGCAUAAAUUGAAACAGCCAGCCUAUAGGCAAUUACUUUCACAAGAUAGUGGCAUAGAUAAUGAUCGUGAUUCGGCUAUAGGCUCUCAGCAGCAACUUAAAUCGGCUCAAUGUUCUAGCUCGAGCAGUGAGUCCAUAGGCGCUAACUCCUCAGGAGAUUUAUCGCAAUCUAAAUACUCAGAAGAUAAUUUAGAUACCGAAUCUUCUUUGGGUUAUUCGGGUAGUACACAUAAUUUUGGUGCCACUCGACGCAUUAAGUAUAAAUCCUGUAAUAGUUCCACUACUUUAGGAUGUUUGGGUCUAGAAGAUCGCAUAGAUGAGGUAGAAGAUCUACAUGAUGAUGAGGAUGAUGAAGAAGAUGUUGUUGAUGCCGAGGAAGAGGAAGAUAAUUCUGUUGAAGAUGAUGAUGAGGAAGAAGAGGAGGAGGAAGAAGAUGCUAAUGAUAGUGGUUUACAAAUGUCCUUACUACCACACAAGGACUUGAAAGAAACCAAACAUUCUACAUCUUUACAAAAUCCCGAUAAACUUCAGCAUCAUCCAAAAACCUCUGCUUUAGCCUUAAAAGCUCCCGCUAAAACACAACCCCCCACAAAAGCUUCUUCUUCUGCUGCCACCACUAACAACAGCAACAAUCACAAAGAACAAGUUUUAGCCACCGAUGGCAAUUACUAUUUCCCUCUACUCAAUAUCUCCGAUGAUCCCACAAUCAAUCCAAAACUCAUCAAUAAAAAAGAUGGUCUACAAGAUUGUAUGUAUUAUUUGGAUGAAUUUGGUAGUCCAAAAUUGCGCGAGAAAUAUGCCCGCAAACAAAAACAAAAAGAACUUAAACAGCAUGCAAAAGCUUUGAAGAAAAAGGCUGAAGAAGAAUCUUCUAAACAGAAAUCCAAAAAUUCAUCUGAAACUCACUGUGAUACUAAAGAAAAUAAUAGUAAAAUUAAUAAUAAUAGUAAUUUAAGUUAUGCUAAGAAACCAGCGGAAAUUAGUUGUAAGGAAAAUCCAGCAGAUGAAGCCGAAAUUGCCGAAGAGGUGGAAGAAGUGCAACAACAGCAACAUAAGCAUACACCUCAUACUACACCUUCGUGUGUUAGUUGGACAAAAGUUGUGCAAAAAUUUAAGAAUAUAAUAGGCAGAGAUGGUUCAAAAAUCACCACAGUUGUUGCCACACCUGGCCAAGGUACCGAUCGUGUACAAGAAGUUUCCUACACAGAUACAAAGGUGAUUGGCAAUGGCAGUUUUGGUGUUGUCUUUCAGGCAAAAUUAUGCGAUACCGGUGAACUGGUAGCCAUUAAAAAAGUUUUACAAGACAGACGAUUUAAGAAUCGUGAAUUGCAAAUUAUGCGUAAAUUGGAACAUUGUAAUAUUGUAAAACUUUUAUAUUUUUUCUAUUCGAGUGGUGAAAAGUUAGCUGAAUUUCCCAUAGAUGUGGGGAUAUUUGCUUCGGUUCUUAAACCUCAGCGUGAUGAGGUGUUUUUGAAUUUAGUACUCGAAUAUAUACCAGAAACCGUUUAUAAAGUGGCACGUCAAUAUGCUAAAACUAAGCAAACAAUACCCAUAAACUUUAUAAGGCUUUACAUGUAUCAAUUGUUCAGAAGUUUGGCUUACAUACAUUCAUUGGGUAUUUGUCAUCGUGAUAUUAAACCACAAAAUUUAUUAUUGGAUCCAGAGACCGCUGUUUUGAAAUUAUGCGAUUUUGGUAGUGCUAAACAAUUGUUGCAUGGCGAACCAAAUGUCUCAUAUAUCUGUUCACGAUAUUAUCGUGCACCCGAAUUGAUAUUUGGCGCUAUUAAUUAUACCACAAAAAUUGAUGUGUGGAGCGCCGGUUGUGUAUUAGCUGAAUUAUUGUUGGGCCAACCUAUAUUCCCCGGUGAUUCUGGUGUCGAUCAAUUGGUUGAGGUUAUUAAGGUAUUGGGCACACCCACUCGAGAACAAAUUCGCGAAAUGAAUCCCAAUUAUACGGAAUUCAAAUUUCCACAAAUUAAAAGUCAUCCAUGGCAAAAAGUUUUCCGUAUACGCACUCCACCAGAAGCUAUAAAUUUGGUAUCACAAUUAUUGGAAUAUACACCAAGUGCACGUAUAACACCAUUGAAAGCAUGUGCCCAUCCAUUCUUCGAUGAAUUGCGUCAAGAGGGUAAUCAUACAUUACCAAAUGGUCGAGAAAUGCCACCAUUAUUUAAUUUCACUGAACAUGAACUUACAAUACAACCAAGUUUAGUACCACAAUUGUUGCCAAAACAUAUGCAAAAUAGCGCACAUCGUACUGCUGGCGCUGGUGGUGAAGGUGGUGCCGCCUCAUCGGCCACAGCUGCUGCUUCUUCUUCAUCGUCAACAAAUGCCACAAGUGCUGCUGCUGCCGCUACGGCUAAUAAUACUACGCCGGGUGCAGGUGGUGCAGCGCAAGCAGCUACAGGUUCACAAUCUUCAGCGGGUAAUUCAACAAAUGCCUCUACAUCGGGAACGUCCAGUAAUAAUAAUGCCGCCAAUGCUAACUCAGCCAGUGGCAAUGGAGCAGCAUCACAAAAUAAUGCCGGCGCCACAGCUACACAAGAUUCACAGGCCAAUAAUGGCGGUGAGGCCGAUAAUGGUGCCUCAAAUGCGGCAGCAAAUGCAGCAGCGGCCAGUACAGGUGGCACACAAACACAACAGUCAACGACGACAAUGGGUUAGCGAGAUUAAACCAACACAGCCACACACAUUAUCAAACUGUGCAGCAGCUGAAACAACAACAGCGCCAGCUACUACUCAUCAUAAGGAAGAGUUACAGAAUGAGGAUGAUGGUAAUGCGUUUAAUGGUUUAAUAUAUAUUAAUAUUAAUUAUAAUAAUAAUAAAAACCCCAGAUGACAAACAAUUGCAAUUGAGGCAAUUUUUCUUCUAAAA